UGAGGCGGCCGGUGUCGCCGCCGCCGUCGUCGUCGUUUUGGCCGCCAUGUUCCCGCCGGCGGCGGCGGCAGCGGGGGCGGAGCCGCUGAGGCGGGACUUCAUCUCGGUGACGCUGCUGAGCCCGGGGGCCGACGGCGGGCGCUCCCGCGGCGGCAGCGGCAACGGCUGGAGGCGGCGGCGGCGGGCCUGCUGGAGGAAAUGGAAGCAGCUGUCCCGAUUGCAGCGAAGCGUCAUCCUGUUCCUGUUUGCCUUCUUGGCGCUCUGUGGAGGCAUCUCCUACACUAAUAUCGCAGGCCACUGGAGAGCCCUGACGAGCCGAUCACCAGAGGAUCAGAAAACAGAGCCGGAAAUCCGGGGACCGAAACCGGCGAAUCCCGUGGUCUUGCCGGCCCCUCCGCGGAACGCCGACGCCGACCCGGGAGGCUUUGUGAGUGUUUUACCUCAGAAACCCCAAAAGCAUCUCCGCCGGAGGCCUCCCAACCUGCAGGUCAGAGCCCCCCGCAAGGACCUGAGGGAGAAACCCCGAGACGACCCCAAGAAGGCCGAAGAGGGGAAUAAGGAGGAGAGCGAGAAGACUGCUAUUAGCUGGCGGGGUGCCGUCAUCGAGCCCGACCGCAGCCCGGAGCCUCCCUCCAGGAAAACGCCGGAGGUGGGCAAGCCGCCGUCCGGGAAAACCGAAAUCCGGAAAGAGCCAGGGCCGCUCAGUGAGAGGCAGCUGGCCGUGAUCGAAGCUUUCCGCCACGCGUGGAAGGGCUACAGAGCCUUUGCCUGGGGCCACGACGAGCUCAAACCGCUGUCCAAGUCCUUCAGCGAAUGGUUCGGCCUCGGCCUGACGCUCAUCGACGCCCUGGACACCAUGUGGAUUCUGGGCUUAAAAGAAGAGUUUGAAGAAGCCAGGAAGUGGGUGGCCACGGAAUUGGUUUUUGAGAAGAACGUGGACGUGAAUCUUUUCGAGAGCACCAUCCGCAUCCUCGGUGGGCUGCUCAGUACCUACCACUUAUCCGGAGACGGCCUCUUCCUGGAAAAAGCGAAAGAUAUCGGAAACCGCCUGAUGCCGGCCUUCAACACCCCGUCCAAGAUCCCGUUCUCGGACGUGAACAUCGGGCGGGGCACGGCCCACCCGCCCCGCUGGACGGCGGACAGCACCGUGGCCGAGGUGACCAGCAUCCAGCUGGAAUUCCGGGAGCUCUCCCGCCUCACCGGCGACGACAGAUUUCAGAAAGCGGUGAACGAUGUGAUGAGGCACGUCCGUGCCCUGUCGGGGAAGAAGGACGGGCUGGUGCCCAUGUUUAUCAACACCAACAGCGGCCUGUUCACCCACCUCGCCGUCUACACCCUGGGCGCCCGGGCGGACAGCUAUUACGAGUAUCUGCUGAAACAGUGGAUCCAGGGCGGCAAGAGAGAAAAUGAGUUGCGGGAAGACUACGUCCAGGCCAUAGAGGGAGUCAAAAGGCACCUGCUCCGCAAGUCGGAACCCAGCAAACUGACGUUCGUCGGAGAGCUGGCUCACGGCCAUUUCAGCGCCAAGAUGGAUCACCUGGUGUGCUUCCUGCCGGGGACCCUGGCCCUGGGCGCCCACCACGGGCUGGCCGCCGACCACAUGGACCUGGCCAAGGCCCUGAUGGAGACCUGCUACCAGAUGUACCGCCAAGUGGAGACCGGCCUGAGCCCGGAGAUCGUGCACUUCAACACCCACCCCCAGAACGGCCACAGGGACGUGGAGGUCAAGCCCGCCGACAGGCACAACCUGCUGCGGCCCGAGACGGUGGAGAGCCUCUUCUAUCUGUACCGCCUCACCGGGGACAAGAAGUACCAGGACUGGGGCUGGGAGAUCCUGCGCAGCUUCAACAAGUACACCAGGGUGUCGUCGGGCGGAUUCUCGUCCAUCAACAACGUCCAGAAUCCCAAGAGCCCCGAGCCCCGGGACAAGAUGGAGAGCUUCUUCCUGGGAGAAACCCUGAAGUACAUGUUCCUGCUCUUCUCCGACGACACGGACGUGCUCGACCUGGACCGGUUCGUGUUCAACACCGAAGCUCACCCCCUUCCCAUCUGGACCCCCGCCUAGGACGAGGCCCGGGCGGAGGGGAGACGCGCCGGCUCCUUGUUCCCUUUUUUCUUUCCGGGCGGGACGGGGGGGGCCGAGUCGGAAGGAAGCCCCUCCGCCUCGGAGAAGGCGGCGUGAGGGGGGACCCCACCGGCUCGGGCCCCGCCGUUUCGGGUUUUACUUCUCUGUGACGGAAAAGGCGGCGGUGUUUGUUUGUGGAUGGGGGGCCCGGGGAUCCCGGCCUCUCGCCGCUUGUGAAGAGCCCCGUGGGCAACCUCGAAAGGAGCGGGGCCCCGGCGGGUCACGGGGGAAGCCCGGGGGGCGGGAAGAGGGCACCUUUUCUCUCCGCAGGACUCAGGGUGAAAGCCCGCUGAAAAAGCCGCGUUUACACGUCGGCUAGACUCAGGUACGCCCACCGAAAGCCGCCGGGUGGGGUUGAGGGGGCGAGACCCGGCCCCCUCCCGUCCAUCCCGGCUUUUCCGUAGACCACCCCGCCCCCAGCGAAGCAGGAGAUGCUUCCGACCUCCAAUGUCUUACAGAUGCGUUUUUGAAGUCUUAACAACCCGCGUUAUUUUGGGGGGCUGCUCCCCCCUUGGGUUGCCACUUUUAGAGUUGUGUGAAACGGGCCGGGCCUCCCUGGGAAGUAUCCAGGGGGUGAAACGUUGCUAACAGAUGCACCUUAGGACUUGGAGUCUGAGAACCCUAGACGUGGAAAGGAGGUGCGACUCUGAUGAUCCGACCCUCUCGUAUCCCAGAUUGUUUAGGGGAGGGAGCGCUUCUUGGGGUCCCUCCUGAGCCCUGGAACAAGCGCCCUCCCACUCCAAGUCCCGCCCAGUACUUCCAGUGGGAGGCAGGGAGAAGCUGAUGUUUUGGGCUCCCGGGGGCCGAAUCUGAUGCCCAAAUUCGGGAUCCGUGCAAAAUGACGCUGGCGACCGCUUCCCGGUGCCAGUUUCUAUCUGGUCCGGGAACAAGGCCGAGGAGCCGGCGGCGGCCGGAAGAGUUCUCCGGGGACAGCGUGGGCCUCGGGCCAAACGUCUCCGGAAUCGCCGGAUUUGGGCAGGCCAGAGUUAACGCCCAGACCGACACAGGAUGGUCCCAUUUCGGUUUCUCCUUCAGGCACGCGUAGCGUCGGGGGGAACCGUGCGGCCGCUAUGUGGGCGAAAAUGGUUUAAGUAAAAGUUUCUAAAGAGAAACACCCGCCAAAAUCCCAUCCUCCCAUCCCGCCACACACCCAAGAGCCACCUUAGCCUAGAAGGAGAGCAGCACAGGAGCACUUUCCCAUCUUUCCAAAGUGUUUUAAUCACCUUAGGUCGGUAGCAGAGUUCACCCCACCCCCCCACCCCGCAAACACCCACCCCGGUUUUCCUUUUAGCUUUCCUUCGGAAAGGGAGAAUUCGGUCUCCCGGGACCGUCAGAGCGCGUGCAGGGAGCAAAACCUGUAGAAAAUGCAAAACGCCGCUCAAAGCGCGCACUCGUCUUAAGAGCCGUCCACGGUAUUCAUCAAGCGGGGUCGGGUCCGUCACGGUGUUAAUUGCGUUGUCCGGAGAGUCGCUUGGGAACGGGAGCCCCCGACCCCCCAGAGUUGGGAUACCGGGGCUCCCAAUCAGGCGAGAGGCGGGACCUCAGCGGUCUCGAGGGAAAGUCGGGAUGCGAUACCUCGGUUUGGGCCUCUGGACUCACACGCACGCUUGAGAGUGGGCGUUGAGAAUGUUUACCUCUUUCAUUUGCUUUCUCUCCUUUUUGAUUCAUUUAAUCGGUUUAGAUUCGUGACUCAGCUCGGGGGAGAUAAGUGAAAGCGAAUGAAUUGAUUUUUUUGUUCCUUUUCCAUUUCCCACCCCCGCUUCCCCCAGAAGGUGGGCGACGACCAGACCAAAUUCUGAGAUCUUUCCGUGGUAUUUAUCGAGCGCUUUCUGCGUGCCGAGCACUGUACUAAGCUCUCGGAAGGACAAUGACUAGUUGACAUUGUCCUUUCCUGGGUGAACAGAAGCUCCUCUUCGGGGCCAAAGUGAAGCACGGAGUGUUUAUAGGACCCAAAAUUGCUUCUCUUCACUAAAUUGGGGGGUGACGAUGGAGAAGUCCAAAGGGAGGCCACAGAAACGAUCUUGGCGUAAAAGUUGAAGCGGGAGGGGUCCGGACCGAGCCCACCCCAGCCACCCCCGAGCACAAGCCUUCGCCCCCCGAGACGGUCCUCGUCGCUGAGGACUUUAAACGCCUCUGGGCCGUCACGGUCCCCCCGAGGACCCCUCCCCGGAGAAUGUGAAUUUCGGGCCGCCCGCAGCUCGGCAAAAGGUCUUUCCUCCGGAUCUGAGCGGCUGGUCGGGGCUCCCGCUCCCUCCACCCCUUCAACGGCACACGGCAACUUUCCAGGCCUCCCCCGGUGCUCUUUCUCGCCUUCGAUUUUUACAACGGAAAGGGCCGACAUUCCUCUUCGUUCUUUCCGGUUGGAUUAUUGUGGCUGCUAUCCUGAGUGUUUCGGUCUCUUAAUUAAAGCCACCCUUUACCGCUGCCCUCUUUCCUCCCAGCUCCCGGGAAAGCCAGUAGCCUGGUGGGCUGGGAAAGGACCACUUCUGCCUCCGGAAUCCGUAGGCGGCCCUUGAUUCUUCUUGGUGUCUUUUCCUUCUGUUUAUGAUCCUACCUCUGAACCACCGGCUCUUUCAUUCCCAAAGCGGGGAGAGCGGCGUAGCCAGCCCCGGAAAGGGUCACCCUUUGAGCUGGUGACCAGGCUGAGGAGAGGAGGAACCCUGCAAAUCAAUCCCCGCGGUGUUCAUCGACUGCUUUGUGGGUGCGGAACGCUUAGGAGAGCACAAUUCAACGGGGGCGGUUAGACUGGAGCUUACAGUCUAGAAGACGUAAGGGGAACUCCAGCGGGCAGCCUUGGCACGGACCCGGGGGCAUGGGCAAGCCAAGACCGUAAGCUCCUUUUGGGCGGGGGACGCGUCUCAUUGUGCCGUCCCCUCCAAACCGCUCAGUACAGUGCUCCGCACACAGUAAAGCACUCUAAUAGAUACCGCUGGUUGAGGGGCUGGGCACCAUCGUGGACGGGCACGGCUCUGUCAGGGGCAUCCGGUCGUAAUUGGAAAAACUAAACGGCGCACGGGGCCAAAUCUCGACUGAGAUGUAAUAUUUUGGCAGCCGACGGGCAUUUGCGGAUAGAGAGAGGAUACAGCCGCCUAUGCCCCCCACCCCCUUCCCCGGUGGUUCGGAAACACCAAACAAUGGCAUCCUUCGUUACACAUUUUAUUAAACGUAUAACUUAUUUUAAGAAG